AGCACCGCGGCGCAGGUGAGAGAGAAAGAACGAAAGUAAACGUCAUCAGUGUGCGACACGACUCGAAGAAGCGAUGGCAGAGACUGACAAACAGAAGGUCGUUAAGUUGGUUCCUGAGAACCUUCUCAAGAAGAGGAAAGCAUAUCAAGCCAUUAAAGCGACUGAAGCCAAGCUUGCUUUGCUUCAGAAGAGAAAGGUCCAGAGGGGACAGUCUCUGAAGUUCAAACGCCUAGAAGAGUUUCAGAGGAACAGCAAAAGAAGGCUUCGGGAUGACGUCCGUCUGCGGAGAGCCAAGCAGAGACCACCCCCUCCGCUGCCGCCAGCCAAGAACACCUUGGCAUUUGCUGUUCGCAUUCGAAUGAUCAAAGGCAUCAGUCCCAAAGUUAAAAAGGUCAUUCAGAUGUUGAGGCUACGGAAAAUCUUCAGCGGUGCUUUUGUCAAAAUAAGCAAGACAUCUCUGAAUAUGCUGAAGACUGUUGAACCUUAUGUGGCCUGGGGAUUUCCCAAUCUGAAGUCCGUUCGAGAGCUUAUCUUAAAACGAGGCCAGCUGAAAAUCAACAAAAGAAAGAUUCCUCUCACAGACAACACAGUCAUUGAGCAACAUCUGGGGCAGUACGGCAUCAUCUGUUUGGAAGACCUCAUCCAUGAGAUCUACUCUGCUGGAAAGAACUUCAGGAUGGUGAACAGGUUCCUCUGGCCGUUCUGCUUGUCGGUGCCACGGCAUUCUGCCAGAGACAAAGUCGGCCUUUUAAAAGACAUGGGCAAUCCGGGAGCUAGAGCUGAGGAUAUUAACAGAGUCAUCAGGAAAUUCAAUUGAUCACUCGGCGUUGAGUUUACUCAGACUGGACUGUUUUCCAAAGCCGCUUUUUGGCUUUGUUUCUUUUGCCUUUUCCUGUUUAUUGGAAUAGAUUAUAAGCCCUGCAGCCUGUCACACCAAGGAAGGGCUUAGUGUCAAACUACUGUCCUCAAGAAGGACUGAUUGGACCAGAUUUUGUCUUGAACAGUUGAAUGGUUUGGAAACUGCCUCUUAGGAUUUGAACACAGUCGCUCCAUAGCCCGCUCUGUUUAAACGUUGCAUUGUUCUUUGUAAUGAACACUCAUUUUCCUGUCAGGCUGCAGAGUCAAGCUUGUUUUUCUUUUUCUCUGUAUCAAUAAACAUCAAGUUGGGUGGUGUUUAGUAUG